UUCAUAUUCUUACUAUUCUCUCUACACUCACUGAGUUCAGUUGGGUUGGCUUCCCCGUUUUAUUUAAGCAACCCCCUCUCAUUUUCUCUCUUUCAUAGCUUUGCGUGAAAAAUGCCAUUUUUAUUUUCGCUUAUUCACUGUAAUUGUUAUGUAUAUGCGUUCUUCCUCAUACCCUACUUCUCUAUUCUCUACGUUUUAUUUAUUUGAAACAUUUGCAGUUUGAUUUUGAAAUUCACAUAAGGGUUUCUUUACCCCUAAUGCAUCUUUCUUACUCUACUGUGACACACAAUCAAAUUUAACCAACCUGCACAUAUAAAUGAAUAAUCAUGCUCUUACUUUUACGGCUAGGAUCAUGAAAUAAUGAAUUUAUUCUUUUGUUGGCAUGCAAUCACUGCAUAUCAUUUCGUGAUUUGAAUAAUCAAAUAUUCACAAUCUGCUGAUAAGUUAUGUAGUGACUCAAUGGAAGGUGAAGAGGUGUUGGAUGUUGACAUUCAGGAGGAGAAGCUUUCUGGCUUUAUUUUCAUGUGUAAUAGAAUUACAAAACCGGAGUGCUACUGUUACCGAGUUUUCGGGCUUCCUGCUGGGAGAAAGGAUGUUGUUGAGAAGAUCAAUCCUGGGACAUACCUUUUUCUGUUUGACACUGAUGUCAAGCUUCUCUAUGGCAUAUACAUGGCAACCUCGACUGGGAAGCUAAACAUAGAACCAUUAGCUUUUGGUCAGAAAUUCCCUGCUCAGGUGAACCUUUACAUCGUCGAUGAUGCACACAGAAAGAAACCUGACCACGCUGUGCAAUUCAAAAUUUACAAAGACUGUUUACCCUUGCCAGUGAAUUGCUUUAAACAUGCCAUUCGAGAUAAUUACCAGAAAGGCUCCAACAAAUUUAAUCCUGAACUCAAUAUUAGACAAGUAAGAAGUCUAAUAGAAUUGUUUCGCCCAUUACAUGAAUUGCCAAUUGCACCUGGACGUCCUUUUAUACAGAAACCAAUGAAUAUUGUUUAUCAUCAGAUAUCAGAGCCACCCGUUUCGGAGGGUGCAUUUUUGUCUAGGAUGUCACCCAAUCAAGCUCCAAGGCUGUUGAACUAUAAACAUGUAAAUGAACUCAGGAAGCCUACUGGUUGUGCCUAUCCUGUUCAUAAUGUUAUGCCUUAUUCAGCUGCAGCACAGCUUGUGGCAUCCCAAGGUUCAACGAAUCAGCUUUAUUACCCUGCAAGUACACUUGCUCUGGAGGGUACUUAUGCACCUGGGAUAGGCAGCAGUCAUACUCAACCACUACCAGAUCCUCAAUAUUCACAUCAAACUAUCCUUAACCCACAACCUGAAUUUCAUUCUUCCCUGAUGAACAGCGGUCAUGCUCAGCAAUUGCAAGAGUCUCAAGAUGCACAUCAUAACAUCAUACAUCCCCAAUCUGAAUUUCAUUCUUCACUGAUGGCUAUGGGUAGCAGUCAUACUCAAUCACUGCAAGGUCCUCAAUAUCCAUAUCAGAGUAUCCCAAACCCAUCACACGAGUUUUAUACCCCAGUGGCAAAUGCAGGCAGCAGUCAACCCCAGUUGUCACGGGAUACUCACUAUACACACCAGAAUAUCCUAAACUUGCAACCUGAUGCUUAUUCCAUCAUGGCGAAUACAGGCAGUAGUUAUGCUCAAUUAUUGCCAGAUCCCCAACACACACAUCAGAAUGCCCAAAAUCCUCAGCCUGAUUCCAAAUCUUCCUUGGUGAAUAUGAGCCAUGCCACUGUCACGAUGCAAUUGCAUACUGUGUCAUCUUUAUAUCAUCCAUAUGUUCCUCAAGAAGUUGCACCUUCCAUGUAUUCAUCGCAAUGGUAUGUUUCAACUUCAUUCUAAUUUAAUUCAGCAUCCUUUGUUUGGCAUAGGGAUUCUUAUUAAUUGUCAUGACUUCAACAAGGAGAUGAUUCAUUGACUGAAGCUAUGAUGUUCAAGAUUCCAGAGGAGAAAUUGCUCCAUUAUAAAUUUUUAUAUUUAUAAUUGUUUGCUGAACAAGCAUACUUGGUCAUGUGCUUACUGCUUGGCAUUUUGUCAAUAUCUCAUGCCUCCGCUGUCGCCCAGAUCUGGAGCCACACAAGGCAAGUGGUCAACAAACUGGAAUGGGAUAGACCUGAACUCAGCAAAUUCAAACUCUUAGUACCUAAUCAUUUUUUCACUUAAAUAUUGCAUUUUGCUGCCUUCUGAGUAUAUAAAGGCGCCAUAUAUACUGUUUAAUUAGUGAUGUUCAAUUACCCUUUUUGGUAGGGGUGUUUAUAAACUGAUUCGAUCUAUUGAGAACUGAAAAAAUUGAUCCAAAAAAUUGAAAAUAAAAAAUUGAAUA